CUUUGAUUUCGGGCACCUCCAACAGAUAAUUAGGAAGGGUUUCCAGAAGGUGGGAAAUGUCACCUGAUUCACACUGAACUUUUAAAAGCUCCCCACCCCCAAGAAGCGGCGCACACCCUCGCUCGCGGCCGCCCUCCCACUGCCCCACACACUGGGAGACCGCCCACCGCAAACCGUGGAGACCCCCGUCUAGAUUUAAAGCGCGGCUGCGCCCGGCUUCUGACGUCCAUUGAAUCGCGCGGGCGGCCGGCGGCGAGCGCGGGGCUGCGCCGGGAUCGCUGCGCCCUCCGCUGAUUGCCUCUGCGACGCGCGCCGCUCGCCCAAGCCACCAGCCGCUGCGCCCGCUCCCCGCGCCGCCGCGCUCGUCGCCCCGCGCCUGUCCUCAUGAUGGUCCGUCCCAGGCACCAGCCCGGCGGGCUUUGCCUCCUCCUGCUGCUACUCUGCCAGUUCAUGGAGGACCGCAGCGCGCAGGCUGGAAAUUGCUGGCUCCGCCAAGCAAAGAACGGCCGCUGCCAGGUCCUGUACAAGACAGAGCUGAGCAAGGAGGAAUGCUGCAGCACUGGCCGUCUGAGCACCUCGUGGACCGAGGAGGAUGUAAAUGACAACACGCUCUUCAAGUGGAUGAUUUUUAACGGGGGUGCCCCCAACUGCAUCCCCUGUAAAGAAACGUGUGAAAACGUGGACUGUGGCCCUGGGAAAAAAUGCCGCAUGAACAAGAAGAACAAACCCCGCUGUGUCUGUGCCCCAGAUUGUUCCAAUAUCACCUGGAAAGGCCCAGUCUGUGGGCUGGAUGGGAAAACCUACCGCAAUGAGUGUGCGCUCCUCAAGGCCAGAUGCAAAGAGCAGCCAGAACUGGAAGUCCAGUACCAGGGCAAAUGUAAAAAGACUUGUCGGGAAGUUUCCUGUCCCGGCAGCUCCACAUGCGUGGUGGACCAGACUAAUAAUGCCUACUGUGUGACAUGUAACCGGAUUUGCCCAGAGCCCACCUCCUCUGAGCAGUAUCUCUGUGGGAAUGAUGGAGUGACCUACUCUAGCGCCUGCCACCUGAGAAAGGCUACCUGCCUACUGGGCAGAUCGAUUGGAUUAGCCUAUGAGGGAAAGUGUAUCAAAGCAAAGUCCUGUGAAGAUAUCCAGUGCACUGGUGGAAAAAAGUGUUUAUGGGAUUUCAAGGUUGGCAGAGGCAGGUGCUCUCUCUGUGAUGAGCUGUGCCCUGAGAAUAAGUCUGAGGAGCCUGUGUGUGCCAGUGACAAUACCACGUACGCCAGCGAGUGUGCCAUGAAGGAAGCUGCCUGCUCCUCAGGUGUGCUGCUGGAAGUAAAGCACUCCGGAUCUUGCAACUCUCCCCUGUAUUCCCCCAUCUAGCCAUUUCGGAAGACACCGAGGAAGAGGAAGAAGAUGAAGACCAGGACUACAGCUUUCCUAUAUCUUCCAUUCUAGAGUGGUAAACCCCCCACCAGUGUUCAGUGUUGACAUAGCCUUUGGGCAGGAAAAAAAAAAGGAAAGAAAAAAAUAUAUAUUGUCCAUACUGUAAAUAAGUGUAUGCUUAUUUAUUUGGGGGGAAAACUAUACAUAAAGGACCUUUGUCCUAAAGCUCUCUCCCAGGUCACCUUGUUACUUACUGGACACGGAGAGGCGGCCAUUGUGAGGUCUACUGGAUGAGGCCCAUAGUUGAGACUUGUAGACAUUUAUUUAUACUGUGUCAUGUUUUAUAAUUUAUACAUAAAAUGUCUGGUUGACUGUACACCCUGUUUUUGAAGAAAUUUAUUCGUGAAAGGAAGAGCAGUUGUUAUUUAUUGUGAGAUCUCUUGCUUGUAAAGUAAAAGCUUUUUUUCCUUGUAAACCAUUAAGUCCAUUCCUUACUCUUCACUCACUCAUCUGUCCCCCAUCAUUUCACUGUUGUUAGACUCUUACCCGCUUUAACAAACUUGCAUGUCAGUUUCUGUCAUGUUUAUUUAUUGGAUUCUCUGCUGCCUGUUCUGUACAUACAUGAUCCCUCGGGUUUUGUUUACAAGGAAUCUUGACUGACCAAAAGGCAUUAUAACUUACUCAAAUAGAAGGUACAGAGGAUACAUCUUUGAGGAAACUCCUGCUGCAGGUCUCUUGUGAUGAAGACAUUUGUGGGAGAGGGUAUGUUAGCAAUGUUAGAUUUCUAAUGUACUUUUAACAUGUUACAGAUCCAAAGAAAUUGAGGGGUAAUGGGAGUCGGGAGACCGAAAGAAGGGGAAUACUAUACAUUCAAACUGUUUUAGGUGUUUCCUUUAAGCUAGUCUGCUGUACCUUUUAAAUUUGUUCUUUUUCAACCAAUGUGUCACUUAAAAAUUGUAUCAAAGCUUUAUCAGUUCAAGUUUCUUGCUUUUCAUAAUACUUUUUUCUGAUGCAAUUUUAUAUUUUCAAACAUGGCAAGUUAAAUAUAAAUUCAUUUAAAUAUAUAGUUUUGUACUUUUUUACCAUGUAAAUGUGCAAUGUAUAUAAAAGUUAUAAUGUGUAUUUGUAAAUAAAUGAUGAGUGAAAAAAUAAAAAAAUUUAAAAGCCAA